AUGGAUUGGCGCGAAAAACUUUUCGGUCGUGUCCUUGUGAAAUGCGAUGCACCGGGGACUCAGAAUGGGAAAUUUGAGAACAUACCAACUUUGGAGGCUUUAACCGACUGCGUUGAGGACGGAGAGGGUGCUGUGUGUGGUAUUUACUUCUCUUUCGCAAAUAUAAGUGAUACUAGUGACGAUUUUGGGGUCCGCUUGGAGGAGGUGUAUAAGCGAGUGCACCCAAGGUUAAAAGUCGUGGAGGUUGUACUGUGGGCCCAUGUUGGAACCCCUGAGGGUCCAGUGGAAAGGGAAGCUGGUUUUAGAAGGAGCUUGACAGGAAAACCAUGGUUCGCUGUGCCUUUUCAUGAUGUGGACACUAAGGUGAGCGAAAAGUAUUUAUUAGCACUUAGGCUUCUCCGCAUUGUCAUCGUAUUAUCUUUAAAAUACAACAUGCAUUCAUUUCAA